AAAUGACAAGUUGACGACAAUAUACAAAUUUACAAGUGUAAAACAAACAUCGUUCUGAACUGUAGGGCUGAUACUUAAGUCACUGACUGAAAUUCCUCCAUAUCGAAUAUUGAAAAAUGCCUUGUCAUUCAAUACUAAAGUUGAAUACCUAAAUGUCAUCUUCGUCAGUGAGCCAAUAAGCGUGCAGCAUGUACCAAGAUUUUAUAAUACUGUUUAACAUGAAAAAUGCUACAUGCACAGAAACAGUGUUCACGUUUGUGUGUAUUUUAAAAGGCUUGACUGUACUGCAUAGCAGCUGAAAAAUGAGUCCGAACCGUAAUGUUUUUUUUGUUAAAAUGGGUCGGUAUCGGUAAGGUAUGUAGCCUACUGGUAAUAUUGACUUUUUUUUUAACCUUUCUUUUUAAUACCCAGCCCUACAGGCACAUAAAAACAAGGAGGGGGGUUUGAUAUCUCAAAUGUAAAAAGGUAUAAACUUGUUUUGGCCUAAACUAAGAUUUGUGAUGGAAUGUACUAUGGACAGACUAUGUAACGGUUUUCACUAAGCACGUUACCAUGGUGACGCAGUGACUCGGUUACAUUUUCCACAGUGAGCAGCAGCCUAGCAUUGCUGCUCGGGGAUGUCUAGCUUGUACAAAUUGCCCGUUAUAAUGGCCACGUAUCGUAUGUUUGGUCUAUAACCGAGUUAUGUCUUAAAACAGUUGUUUAAUGGCAGCUCCAACAUGAUGACUUUCCAGGUUAAUGCAUCGCUUCCUAACGUUACCGCAAAGGCUUUAUUGUCGGAGGGAAGCUCAAAUUGCAGCCAGCGCGGCCCUGAUGCGGCUAGAUCUCCAGCAUACUGGAACGUUGGCAUAGGAGCAGGUGGAGGACAAGCAGCUGUCCGACAAAAUAAUCAAAUAAGGAGGAAAUUGCCUGUGAUUCAACCCCUGAGCAAGUCCAGGGAUUGGAAAACCUUGGUUAGCGGCUACAUAGUUCGAGGCUCACCUAACCUGGCCAAAGAUGACAGACUGGGAACAGAGAUCAAUGGCCCAGAGAAGGACUUCUCUGGAAGACACUUUCUUUUUGAUAAACAAUGUGCGAGGUUAGAGAGGACCAGAACUGUGAUUCCUCCACUGGCAAGAGACUACAAUGUGCACAGACCUGGCAACCAGCAUCCCCUCAGCCUCUCCAAGAAGCUUUCCCACAGUCAUGCAGGGCGGCCUUUCACCCUAGGCUACCCUGAAAGAUAUGAACUGAAUACAACUCCAGCCAUCCUCUUUCCCUCCACUUUAGUCCUCAAUGGCAGAAACACCUUCUCUGCUGAGAACUGCAAGCUUAGCAGGCCUAAGGUGAAUUAUCCAACCUACAACCUACUGACUGUUAAAGAUAAUCAAAAGAGCCAGUCCUAUCCAGACCCAGUGGUCGGAGCCUCUCGCUCUUUUAUCCACAGGAUAUCUGAGCUGUCCACCUUGGAGGGUGAGACGGUGAGACAAGAAAAGCUCAAGAAAAUGAGGAAAGCUAAAAAACCUUCAUCCUGACAAUCACCUUCUUCCCAGUCACUCUGGUCAAGGAUCAAAACCUUUGAGUCUGUGCCAACAACGUCUGAGCAAAAUAAAACAUUUAAGGCACCAUGUUCUUUUCAGUGGCUUGUUCUGACUGCUUGUUUGUCCUCAGUGGUAUUAGUUUUCUGCCUAACAUGGCUGGUCUUCACAUUUUGGGAUUCCUGACCUGAGCUCCUCUAUUAGUGAUUGCAUGUAGUAUUUACUGUGGUAAAUUACAGUGUUCGCUAUGACAACAAAUGCUGAUGAUGAAUAUUAAAUAUUUUCUUUUCUGACUCACAACUGUCAGUAGUUUCCCACUCAACAUAUGCAUGAAAAGAUAUUUAUUUUACCUAUCUAAUGGCUUGUAAUGGCUGUUAUGUAAUUCUGCCAUAAUUAUCGCUCUAUCAUGAAUAUGUUGAAGUGCUGUAAAGCUCGGAUCUCAUUACAAGAGUGUUUAAAACAUUGCCGUUGUAUACGAAUCAAGCUGUGUGGAAUAUCUAUGUACAUAUUGAAUAGUUUAGCAAAACCAUUAUUGUGCCUUGUGAAAUGUCUUCCUGGAAUUAAAUGAAUUUCUUUUUGUUAUUGUUA